AUGGCUGAAGAAUUCCAAGAAGCCGACGUCAUCUUCUCCGAUCACCACCGGCAGAAUCCUCCGCGUGCUGCCACCUCGGACGGUGAGGAUGACUAUCGGAGUGACAUUUCGCAGAGAGAGCUGGAUUCGCGACGGGUUAAGUUGAAGAGGAGCAAGAAGAAGAAGAAGAAGAAGGAGAUGGCAAAUUCGAUGCCGGUAAAUAUACCAGAGAGGAUCUUUCGGCGAACGGAUUCGGAUGACGAGCUGCUGGAGGAGGAAUGGGAGGACGAAGGAAUGGUGCCGCCAUACGUGAUCGUGAAUCGGAGAAUCGCCGGGAAAAUGGCGUUCUCGGUGUGUACAGGGAACGGAAGGACCUUGAAGGGACGGGAUUUGAGCCAAGUUCGGAAUUCAAUUCUGAGAAUGACUGGAUUUUUGGAAGCGUAA